UAAAAAGAGAAGAAAAAUGCUUCACUUGAAAUAUUUGAAGGCGUUCCAAGUGUUUGUUACUGUUGAACACAGCGUAUAAUUAGCACUCUAGAGACAUCUAGUGGCUCUUUUUUAUAUAUUUUUUUAAUUCUGCCCCGCAAAGACAUGGCGACCAUGUAAGGAAGUGACGUCAAGGAAGUCAAUGUGAACCAAGUACCCGGACAAGAUUUAAAGUAAAGAAGGGUUUUAUUUAGGAUUCUGCGGUUAGGGAGCGUUUAUUUCAGUCUGGCGUGUUCAUUAUUUUCAUUAAACUAGAAUGUGAAACCGCUUUCUGGACACGGCCGUUGAAAAUCUUAGCUAACGUUAUUUAUGUUAACUUCGACAAACUACCGUAGCAACCAACAUCAGCACUAGGUGUAGUGCAAAUCUAGUUAAGAAAACUCCGAAAUUGCAAUGAGACUCCACCAGCGCCCGGCAUUGUAUAUCGCAUUCGCCUUGUCUUGCGUGUCGACGGGGAAUGCCAUUGAACCCAUCAGUACCAGCAUUGCAGUUGGGAUGGCUGCAGCCCUUACUGGGUUACUUGCCAUUUACCCAAACAUGCUGUGUAGUAUUCACGAGUGCUGCCAGGAGGAAUGGAUCGCCAUGAACAGCACAGGGUUAAAGGAGACCCUAGAAGGGAAGCUGUUUGGGCAGCACCUGGCUACCCAGGUUAUCCUGAAAGCAGUGACCGGCUUUGUCAACAACAAAAAGCCCAAGAAGCCUCUGGUCCUGUCCCUUCAUGGCUGGACAGGAACAGGCAAGAACUUGGUCAGCCAGAUGAUAGCUGAACACCUCUACAGGAAAGGCAUGAAGAGUGGCUUUGUGCACCAGUUUGUCUCCACUGCUCACUUUCCCCACGCUGACCACAUUGACUCCUACAAGGACCAGCUGCAGCAGUGGGUGCGAGGGAACGUGUCCAGCUGUGCACGAUCCCUGUUUAUAUUUGAUGAAAUGGACAAAAUGCACCCGGGUCUUAUUGACAGUAUCAAACCGUUCUUGGAUUAUUAUGAGACCAUGGAUGGGGUGUCCUACCGGCAAGCCAUUUUCAUAUUCCUCAGCAAUGCAGGUGGAGAGAAGAUUACCAAAGUGGCUCUGGAUUUCUGGAAUGAAGGCAAGAAAAGGGAAGAAAUCCAGCUGAAAGACCUGGAGACAGCCGUGUCACUGGAAGUCUUUAACAACAAGAAAAGUGGGUUCUGGCACACCAGUCUAAUUGACAAGAACCUGGUGGAUUUCUUCGUCCCUUUCCUGCCUCUGGAGAUCAAACACGUCCGAAUGUGUGUGAAGGAAGAGCUGAAGUCCCGCAACAAGAAGCCAGACAAGGAUAUAGUCAAUGCUGUGGUUGAAGAAAUGACCUACUUCCCCAAAGAAGAGAAGAUAUUUUCAGACAAAGGCUGCAAAACUGUGGAGAAGAAGCUAGAUUAUCACUUGUAGUGUUUACAAAUAAAUGGAGGGAAGGACUCUUAAUUUAAACUGGGUUGUAGCCAGUGAUUACCAGGAGGUCCUGGGUUCAACUCUGCCAAUGACUCUGUAUGUCUUGAGAAAGUCCAAUUAAAUCACCCUACUGUAAAAUCUUGAUAGAAACAGGACUGCAUUUUUAAAUGAGACGUUGCAUCUUUGCUGCACUAUCUGGGACAAUUAAAUUCAAAAUGAAUAUGAAGGAUACAAAUCAACCAGCCAGCAGUAUUCAUUUCAUACAAUGAUAUGUCCUGGAUCAAUAUAAUAUUGCAUGAAACGAUGAAUGUCUUUAACGAUUAAUUAUGUGCAGAAAUUUGGGUUAGGCUUUAUGAUUUAAAAAAAAAAAAAAAAAUCUAUACAGAUAUUGAUGUACAUUUUCUAUUUGUCUGAUCAGGGACUAAUGAAUGAGCACAGCAGAGAUCUAUCACGGAGAGCUCAGUUUGCAUUGUAAAACAAUGCAUUUUUGCAUUACAGCAGCAACAAGUGCCUUAUAAACUUGAGUUUAAAAACAACCACUCAAAUUGUCAACUUCUAUUUGCACACUAACAUUUUUUACUACUGAAUUGCUGCAUGUAAAAUAGUCAUUUAAGGUUUCAAUAAAAAAAUACCAUUUUAGUUUAGAGCCUGUAUAAACAUAUCAGUAUUUAGUAACUAGAAACGGUAGAGGUUACCUGCACAGUGUCUUUUGAAUCGGCACAGCUUCCAAUGUACUUCUAUUGGCUGCAUCUGGUAUAGUAAUGUUAGCAAUGUUAUCCUCUUGUGAGAUGGAAGUGGAGGGUGCUAGAUUGUAAAAUGACACACUCUGAUUUCAUUUAUAACACCCUGUUACAAAGUUUUAUAAGUCUUAAUGUUGCUGCCUUGUACAUUGUAAACAGAAAUUUACUCUGACAGCCAAGAAAAAGCUGAUGUAUUUUGUAAAAAUAUAUAAUUGUUUUAAAAAACAAUUUUCUACUGUGUCAUGUUUCAUCUUUACUUGAAGGCAAGUAUUUUUUUAGUUGAUUUUCAAAUAUUGAACAUGUAUAUGUCAGGUCGGUAUAAUACCACUGGUGUGCAAAGCUCACCUGUUAAUCUUGUGAUCUAUUUAUUUUGUUACAUUUAGACUUGUCCUUGCUAGGUAUUAAAGGUUUCUGUAAGCUCGCUGACCAGCACUUGUACUAACCGAAUCUCAAUGAUAGUGAUUGGCAAAUAGAUGCCACUUGUUCAUUUACUGAGCAAUAAUACAUGAAAAAAGGCAAACACUUAUAAGUGAACAACAUAUAUAUUUUUAUAUAUUUUAUUUUGUUUGCAAAUAAAUGCAGUCAUUAACAAUGCAAUGUAUGAAAAGCAGAGGGAACUAUAACAUUUGAAUAACCAGGCGUCUGCGUUUGUGAUGGCAGAAUUUAGAAGAGUAAAGAACAGAGCGAGGCAAUGUGAACAUUUUGUUUUUUUAAAUCAAGACUCCUCUAUGAUACAGAAAUUCAUGCAGUGAGUGUAUUAUACAAUAGGAAAA